GAGAAGAAACUCACCCUGAGGAAGAAGGAGACCUUGAAGGCCAAGCUCGCCAAGGAAAAGAAUCAAUUGAAGACCUUGGAAAAGAAGUUGAAGGACGAGACCAAGAAAUUGGACAAGAAGAGACAGGUACGUGAGAAGGAAGUAUUUGCCGCUGCUACCAAACCCUUCCGCAGAUUGAGUGGCUACACCUUUUUCAUGAAACAGGAAAGAGGAAACACUUUUGCCGAUUCUGCUGCCAAAUGGAAGGCAUUGAGCGAUUACGAAAAGAACGUGUUCUCUCAACAAGCUGAAGACUACAAUGAAGAACAACUCCAAGUCUUCACCCCAAAACCAAAGAAACCUGCCAGUGGAUACGCCUUAUACUUGAAGGAAAACUACGUCAACGAUGGCCGUUCAAUCGGGGAAAUCGGAAAGGAAUUGGCUGCUAAAUGGAACCAAUUAUCUCCCAACGAAAAGUCUAGAUAUGAAAUCUCAAAAUCCCUCAAGGACGAUUACGCCAAAAAGUUGCUGAAGUGGGUGGAAGACAGACUUAAGCUCUACCAU